AUGGUGUUCACUCCAGUUAUUGAGGUUCUCCAAAUCGUUGAAGAAGAUGGUUUUGCAGAACAAAGUGGUGACGCAUGUUUGUUAUUAGGUGUUGUGCCAACUUUUGAGUUUGCAUUCAUUUUGCACUUGAUGACGAUAAUCUUGGCAAUCACGAAUCAACUAUCUUUGGCAUUGCAAAGGAAAGAUCAGGAUAUUGUGAAUGCGAUGGCCUUAGUUGAAGUAGCAAAACAACAUCUACAAGAUAUGCGGGAUGAAGGAUGGGAGUCUCUGAUCAGCGAAGUAUCUAUAUUUUGUGAGAAAAAUGAUACUGAAAUCUUAGAUAUGAAGGACAUGUAUAAGACUCCUGGUCGAGGUCGUCCUCGAAGGAAAGGUGAAGUUUUGACGAACUUGACUUAUUUCAGGUUUGAGCUUUUUAAUGGUGUGAUCGAUUGGCAACUACAAGAACUCAACAAUCGCUUCAAUGAGGCUAACACAAAUUUGCUUCUUUGCUUGUCUUGCUUAAGCCCAAAGAGUUCCUUUACUGCUUUUAACAAAUCCAAAUUGAUUGAACGUGCUCAUUGUUAUCCUUUGGAGUUCUCUGAAGUUAGUUUUCGGUUGCUUGACAAACAACUCGAGACUUAUAUCCGCGACAUGAGAUCACAUGAAGAGUUCUCAAAUCUUGAAAGUAUUGGAGAUCUUUCUCAAAGGUUAGUUGCUACAGGAAGACAUAUUGUCUAUCCAUUGGUUUAUUUGCUUGUGAAGUUGGCUUUGGUUCUACCUGUUGCGACCGCAUCAUUUGAAAGGUAUUUUUCGGCUAUGAAAAUUGUGAAAAGCCGUCUUCGUAAUAAGAUGGGAGACUCUUGGAUGAAUGAUUGUUUGGUUACAUAUAUUGAGAGAGAUAUAUUUUGUAAGAUUGAUGCUGAAAGAAUUUUGCGUAGUUUUCAAGUCAUGAGACCUCAUCGGGAACAAUUGUAA